AUGAGUCGUUAUAAAUCAACGAAUAGUUCGGUUAAAAGUCAUUUAUCAUCGGGUAGUUUGCCAAAAGAAGAAGUAAAUAUUGUCUUGGUUGGACAAGCAAAUGUUGGAAAAAGUGCACUCAUUGUGAAAUAUUUAACAAAACGUUUUAUCUGUGAAUAUGAUCCAUUUCUUGAAGAUACAUAUUGGAAGCCAGAUACUGUAGAUCAACAAGAAGUACUGGUCAAAGUUAUGGAUACAUAUGGAAAAGAUGAUAAACGAUUGCCAUAUUAUUUAAAAUGGGCUGAUGCCGUAUUGAUUACAUACAGUAUAACACAACAAGAUAGUUUUGAAAUGGCCCUCUCUUAUUUAGAUAAUAUUCAUGAAUAUUCGAGAAGUAUUAGUCUAUCUUCAAAUGAACUUGUUAUUAUUCUAAUUGGAAAUAAACUCGAUCUUGAACGAAAUAGAGUUAUUGCUAAGGCUGAUGGUGAAACAAUAGCAUUAAAAUUUAAUUGUGCAUUUUUUGAAACAACAGCAGCAGAUGAAUAUGAAUAUGUGCAAAAUUUAUUUCAUCGAACAGUUAGGGAAGUACGAAAAGAACGUGAAAGAUCAAAUAAUGUUACAAUACCAUCGGUGCAAUCAUUAACAACAACAUUUUGUCCUAUAGAAGAAGAAGAAAAAGCUUUACCACUUACAUUACCAACAAGUGUACCUACAGAUCCCUUAUCGUCAUCGUCUUCAUCUAGUUCAUCAACUCUAUUUAAUCCUCCAAAUAUUGGUCAGAAUGUUAUAUCAUCAUCACCCCAAACGAGUACAUUAACAGCAUCGUUCAAUCAACGAAUAUCGUCAAGCGUAAAUGCUCCAUCACCUCUUAGCGGAACAACAAUACCUAAUAAUUCAAAUACUAACACAAUUUCCAGUAGUUCUCUACCAACAGUAAGUAGUCUACCAACCGUCAGUACACUUUCAUUUGGUGCUGGUACUCCGUCUACUAUAUCCUCUCCAAUAAGUGUCAUUCAAAAAAGUAAUAUCUCGACUAAUACAGCACCAACAGCAACAAAUUCAACAACAGCACGUCGAACAAAAUCACCCAAACCACAAAUUGAUUCACAAACAUCACUAACAUCAUCGACAUCAGCAGUAUCGGCUCACAAAGAUAAUCAUUCAGCAACAGCAAAGCGAACUCCAUCAAAAGUGCCAUUUUUACAAAAGAUUUUUAAAUAA